UGUGACAGCACAAUAAUUUAUGAAAAACAAGGGUAAAUAUUUUUGCAAUUAUAUGCAAUUAUACACAAUUUCGUGUCACAUUUCAUGUCAAUGUAGAGAUAUUAUUAACUACAAUGCAACAAAUAAUUGAGCUAAUAUAUAAACACAUUAAAAUUUCUCAAGAAAGCAGUUUGCAAAAUGAGUGAUAUUAGCACAAAAUUCAAACUUCCUGACCGAUAUGGAAGUCCUGGCCCGAAUAUUUGAUUUUGCACCACCGAAACAUGUAACUGAAGCAUUAGCAGAUGUAGCUAGAAGCGAUAAUGUAUUGCUUCAUCAAUACACCAAAGAAUACGGUCAUCCUAGAUUGGUUAAUAUCCUCUCAAAACUUUACUCUAAACUGAUAAACAGAGAAAUCAAUCCAGACACUGAAAUGCUUAUAUCAGAAGGUGCUCAACAAGCUCUGUAUAAUAUUUUUAAUGGAAUACUUGAUUAUGGUGAUGAAGUGAUUGUUAUUGAGCCAUUUUUUGAGUCUUAUGAGCCAAUGAUCAGAGAAACUGGUGCCAAACCUAUUUUUAUACCACUGACACAUAAUGGAAGUAAUAAUGGUUGUGUAUUGACAACUAAUGAUUUUCACUUAGACAAAAAAGAGUUGGAAAGUAUGUUCAAUUCAAAAACAAAAGCAAUCCUUCUAAAUACACCUAAUAAUCCUCUUGGAAAGGUUUUCAAUAUGGAGGAAAUGCAAAUGAUUGCAGAUUUAUGCAAAAAGUGGAAUGUUUUAUGUAUCGCUGAUGAAGUGUAUGAAUGGUUGGUUUAUAAACCAUAUCAACACAUAAGGAUGGCUACCCUGCCAGGUAUGUGGGAGAGAACAAUUACCGUCGGUUCAGCAGGCAAAACGUUCAACAUUACCGGUUGGCGAACAGGAUGGGCUUAUGGGCCAGCGGGCUUGAUGAAUAAUUUUAAAGUAAUUUACCAAAAUUCUAUUUACGCACAUUUGACACCCAUACAAGAGGCUAUUGCUAUAGCAUUUGAGAAAGAGUUUGAUUUGAUGCUUAAUAACCCAAAAGAGUGUUUCUUUUACACUUUAUCCGAAGAGUUAUUUACGAAACGAGAGUUUUUAAUGAAAGCGUUUGUUAAAGCGGGUUUAAAACCAAUUCAACCACAGGGUGGAUAUAUGAUAAUGGCCGAUUUUCAAAGCCAAGACCUAAAAAUUGAUUUAUCGAAGGAAACUGAAAGCAGCAAAGACAUACAGUUGACGAAGUGGCUGGCUAGGAAAGGUUUGAUGGGUUUUCCUGGUUCUGCAUUUUAUGGCACCGAGAACAAGCACAUGGCAAAGAAUUUAAUUCGCUUUUGCUUUAUCAAACAAGAUGAAAACCUAUGUGCUGCAGCUCGGAUUCUUGAUGAGCUGUUUUCUAACAAAUAA